UGGAAAGCAGAAGACAAAAUUAUUUCUUGUUUAAUUUUGGGACUUUGAAACUGAGGAAGCAUGGAAGAAGAGCUGUUAACAGGGGAUUUACCGAAUGAAACAAAACCAAGGAGCAAUGACGUCGGUGGUGGUGGUGACAGCAGUAUUAACAACGUUAACAUGCCAUUAUUGCCAAAACCAGCAACAGCUUCAUCCUUAACCGCUGUUCUUGUCUUCAGUACUUUUGUUGCUGUCUGUGGCUCUUUCUGUUAUGGCUGCUCUAUUGGUUAUUCAGCACCUGUGGAGACUGGGAUCAUGGAAGACUUGGGGCUCUCUACUGCAGCAUAUUCCGUUUUCGGUUCAAUAAUGACUGUUGGAGGAAUGGUAGGCGCAAUUUUAAGUGGGAGAAUAGCAGAUCUUAUUGGUCUGAGACGUGCAAUGUGGUUCUCUGAAGUAUUCUGCACUGCUGGGUGGCUAUCAAUAGCAUUUGCAAAGAAUGCUUUGUGGCUGGACAUUGGAAGGCUGUCAAUCGGAUAUGGAGUUGCGAUGAUCUGUUAUGUGGUACCUGUUUACAUAGCAGAAAUAACACCAAAAAGUCACCGCGGUUCAUUUAUAUCAGCAAAUCAGUUGAUGACUACUUCUGGUUUUGCAUUUGUAUAUUUCGUUGGAACCUUCAUUUCUUGGCGUGCCCUGGCAACGAUCAGUGCUAUUCCCUGUGUAGUACAGAUAAUAGGCUUGUUCUUCAUUCCAGAGUCCCCUAGAUGGCUGGCAAAAUGUGGUCGACAGAAAGAGUUUGAAGCUGCUUUGGAGAGUCUUAGGGGAGAGGAUGCUGAUAUUUCUGAAGAAGCAGCUGAUAUCAGAGAUUAUAUGGAAAUUGUUGAGCAACAGAGAGAAGCUAGUUUCCUGGAAUUGUUCCAGAGAAGAUAUGCUAAUUCACUCAUUGUUGGAGUUGGCCUAAUGCUAUUGCAACAACUCGGAGGAAACAGUCCUAUGGCAUAUUAUGCUAGUAGCAUACUUGAAAAAGCUGGUAUUUCAAGUACCCUUGGCCUUCAAGUUUUAUCUAUUGUACAGAUUCCAGUGGCUGUUGUAGCUUUGUUUUUAAUGGAUAGAUGUGGUAGACGACCACUCUUACUGGUCUCUGCAAGUGGAAUGUGCUUCUCCGGCUUAAUUGUAGGACUGUCGUUCUGCUUUAAGGAAUUUCCCCAUCUGAAGGCGCUUACUCCCAUUCUAGUACUUACCGGCUCUUUAAUUUCUGCUACGGCUUACACAAUAGGCUUGGGAGGAAUACCAUGGAUUAUAAUGUCUGAGAUAUUUCCUAUAAAUGUUAAAGCCCAAGCUGGAAGCCUGGUGACUUUAGUCAAUUGGUCCACUUCUUGGCUCACUACUUACAGUUUCAAUUUUAUGAUGGAAUGGAGCUCAGCAGGAACAUUUUUCAUUUUCUCCGGAGUUGCGGGCUUAACUGUUCUAUUCGUCGCCAAGUUGGUCCCAGAGACAAAAGGGAGAACACUGGAGGAAAUACAAGCAUCACUUACUCCUUUUCUGUUGGAAUGAAUUCACCAUCUCUAAAAACAAUAUACAUAUGAAUUUCUUGCGUUCUUAUGUUAGAAGUGAUCAUUUCCAGGAUGUGACAAUGCCGGUGAACCCUGUUCCUUGUAUUGGUCGUACAGAACCCUACAUAUUAUGUAUAGUAUCGAGACAUCCAAAAUAUUUUAUCAUGAUAUUGAAUCAUAUUUGUUGUAUGGUGAAUUUUUGUUCA